AUAAAGGGGCGCGGGGCGCAGAGAGGCGGCGCAGAAGCCGGUGGGUCUGUACUCGCUGCUCCACGCCACAGACCCGGGAGGAUGAGGCUCGCCGUCCGCGCCCUGCUGGCCUGCGCGGUCCUGGGGCUGUGUCUGGCUGUCCCCGAGAAAACAGUGAGAUGGUGCACCGUCUCAAAUCAGGAGGCCAGCAAGUGCGCCAGUUUCCGAGACAGUAUGAAAAAAGUCCUUCCUGAGACUGGCCCUCUUGUCGCCUGUGUGAAGAGAACCUCCCACCUUGAGUGCAUCAAGGCCAUCGCGGUAAGUCACUGCUCCCUAAAGGAGAGUGGAAGACGGUCCAAACUUUGUCAUGCUCUUGUUGUUCUGGAGCAAUCCUGUGCUCAUGUACAGGAGGCUGGUCAGUCACCAAAAGACAACCCCGAGACCCACUAUUACGCUGUGGCCGUGGUGAAGAAGGGCAGCAACUUCCAGCUAAACGAGCUCCAAGGCAAGAAGUCCUGCCACACCGGCCUUCACAGAUCCUCGGGCUGGAACGUCGCCAUCGGCACACUUUACUGGCAAUUGCCCGAGCCACGUGAUCCUGUUGAGAAAGCAGUGGCCAAUUUCUUCGCGGGCAGCUGUGUCCCCUGUGCAGAUCAGACGGCCUUCCCCAAACUGUGUCAACUGUGUGCUGGGCAAGGGACAGACAAGUGUGCCUGCUCCAACAGCGAACCAUACUUCGGACCCUCCGGUGCCGUCAAGUGUCUGAAGGAUGGUGCUGGGGAUGUGGCCUUUGUCAAGCAUUCAGCAGUACUGGAGAACCUGGCACAACAGGCUGACCAGUAUGAGCUGCUCUGCACCGACAACACCCGGAAGCCAGUGGACAAAUAUGAGGAGUGCCACCUGUCCACCGUUCCUUCCAAUGCUGUGGUGGCCCGAACUGUGGGUGGCAAGGAGGACCUGAUCUGGGAGCUUCUCAAGCAGGCCCAGGAACAUUAUGGCAGAGGCAAAUCUGCAGACUUCCAGCUCUUCAGCUCCCCUCAUGGGAAGGACCUGCUGUUUGAGGACUCUGCCCAGGGGCUUUUGGAGAUUCCCUCUAAGAUUGACUCCUGGAUGUACCUGGGAUAUGAGUACGUCACUGCUACUAGGAAUCUUAGGGAAGAGACACGCCUGGAUACCGCAAAGGAUGUAUGCAAGAAGGUGAAGUGGUGUGCAAUAGGUCACCAUGAGAGGGCCAAGUGUGAUGAGUGGAGCGUAAAUAGUAAAGGGAUAAUAGAGUGUGAAACAGCAGAGUCCACUGAAGACUGCAUUGCCAAGAUCAUGAAAGGAGAAGCUGAUGCCAUGAGCUUGGAUGGAGGCUUCAUCUACAUAGCGGGCAAAUGUGGUCUGGUGCCUGUCCUGGCAGAGAACUACAAAAUUGACCCUGAUUGUACAAAUACACCAGAGAAAGGGUACUUUGCUGUGGCUGUGGCUAAGAAAUCAAAUGAAGACAUCAACUGGAACUCUCUGAUGGGCAAGAAGUCCUGUCACACCGGAGUAGACAGAACUGCUGGUUGGAACAUCCCCAUGGGCCUGCUCUACAACAGGAUCAACCACUGUCAAUUCGAUAAAAUUUUCAGUGAAGGCUGUGCCCCUGGAUAUGACCGAAGUUCCAGUCUCUGUGCUCUAUGUGCUGGCUCGGCAAGUGGUCCAGGAAAGGAGUGUGAGCCCAACAACCAUGAGAGAUACUAUGGCUACACGGGGGCUUUCAGGUGCCUGGUUGAGAAAGGAGACGUGGCCUUUGUGAAAGACCAGACUGUGAUUCAGAACACUGAGGGAAACAACCCUGAUGACUGGGCUAAGCAUCUGAAGAAGGAUGACUUUCAGCUGCUGUGUCUCGAUGGCACCAGGCAGCCUGUGGGUAAGGCUGCGACUUGCCACCUAGCCCGAGCCCCAAAUCAUGCUGUGGUCUCAAGGGAAGAUAAGGCAGCUUGUGUUCGUCAGACAUUACGUGACCAGCAGAUGGCCUAUGGAAAAAAUGGAACUGUCUGCUUGGGCCACUUUUGUAUGUUCCAAUCUAAAACCAAGGACCUUCUGUUCAGGGAUGACACAAAAUGUUUGGCCGAACUUCAGGAAAGAACAACAUAUGACUCCUACUUAGGAGCAGAGUAUGUCACGGCUGUGCGUAACCUGAAACAAUGCUCAACUUCGAAACUCCUGGAAGCCUGCACUUUCCUCGGCAUUUAAAAUCCUAGAAGGGGUCCACCACCAGAUGAAGAUGGGAGCUCACGUGACCCACCAGCUUCCCCUGGUCUCGCUGGCCUGAGUGGUUUGGCUGCCUUCAUAGUUUGAUGUUACCACCUAUGCAGGAAAUAAAAUAAAAAUGAUUGGUUUUAUCUUUUAAAAAUUUCA